AUGUCAGAUGAUGAAAUAUCAAUAGAGGGAAAUCUUUUUGAUGAACCAGAAGGAUUUCUUAAAGAAGUUCCAGAAUCACAUUUUUCAACAUAUAAACGAAAAUUAUCAAAUGUUUCACCACAAGAAAUUACUUUGAAAUUAGUUGGAUCGAGUCCUUUAUGGGGUCAUCUUUUAUGGAAUGCAGGUAUUUUUACUGCUGAUUAUUUAGAUAAACAUUCAAAUGAAUUAAUUAAAGAUAAAAAAAUUUUAGAACUUGGAGCUGCUUCUGCAUUACCAAGUUUAAUUUGUUCAAUUAAUGGAGCUAAAGAAGUUAUUAGUACUGAUUAUCCAGAUCCUGAUUUAUUAUCUCAUAUUGAAUAUAGUUUUAAAGAAUUGGAAAAGAAAACUAAAUUAAGUGAUUAUAAAGUUAAAGGAUAUAUAUGGGGACAAGAUUUAGGAGAAUUGAUAUUUAAUGAAGAAGAUAGAGAAUUAAAAGAAGAUGAAAAAUUUGAUUUAAUUAUAUUAUCAGAUUUAGUAUUUAAUCAUUCUGAACAUCAUAAAUUAUUAAAUACUUGUCGUAAAGGUUUAAAGAAAAAUGGUAAAUGUUUGGUUGUUUUCAGUCCUCAUAGACCUCAUUUAUUAAAUGAUGAUUUACAAUUUUUUGAAACUGCAAAAGAAUAUCAAUUCAAACCUGAAAAAAUCGAUUUAGUUACUUGGACUCCAAUGUUUGAAGAAGAUGAAGAAACUGUUGAAAUUAGAUCUAGAGUAUAUUCUUUCUUUUUAAUACCUGAAUGGAAUUAA